AUGAUCCAUGCUCAAAAGAAGAAUGCAGCAAAUUUGACAAGCUCCUUCUUCAAGCUCUGUAUAGCUACAGGUUUAACUGACAUCGUGACCCUGCUGAACAACUAUUUUGGUGCAGUAUUUCCUAAAUGGGGUUGGUUCACAUCCGUGUAUAUGGCACUUGGGAAACCCUAUGCCUAUACCUAUUUGAUCAUAGCAUGGGCUUCAGGAUUCAAUCAGGCAGUUUCGGUAUCGAUGCUAGCUAUAAAUCGCCUAUCUGCUAUUCUAUUUCCACAGCGAUACCAGCAGUUCUGGUGCGGACGACGUCUGAAGAUCGCUAUAGCCAUCCAAAUUAUUCCAGGCUUCAUUGUUUCACUUCUUAAUUUAACCAAUGAUGUUGCUCUUAGCGGCACCGAGAACGGAGGACUUGUUCCUGUGAUCCUUGAGUCUGACUGA